AAUUUCACUGGCACCGUCCAAUGCCAUGAGCUCCAAUUUGUUGUUGCAAUGUGAUCCCGUCGAAAGGAAAUCCUUUCCUUACCUUCUCUCGCUCUCCUCUCCGAUUCAGAAACCCUAAAAAGGAAGACUUUUGUCCCCUCAAUUUGGUUCGGGGAAGUCGAGAAAGUGGUGGUUCUUGGGGGAUAUGGUUAGAUAUGGGCCGGGACGGGAGCGUGGUGCCGGCGGAGCCGCCACAGCAAGCGGCGGCGGCGGCGGCCUCGAAGAAGAAGACGCAGUCGUCUAGGAGCUGGAUCCUUCUCGACAGUAAUGGUCAAGGCACCGUCCUCGACGUCGACAAGUACGCGAUCAUGCACCGCGUGCAAAUCCAUGCGCGCGAUCUUCGUAUCCUCGACCCCCUCCUCUCCUAUCCCUCCACCAUCCUCGGCCGAGAGCGAGCCAUCGUCCUCAACCUUGAGCACAUCAAGGCGAUUAUUACUGCUGAAGAGGUUUUACUUCGGGAUCCAUUAGAUGAAAAUGUUAUACCUGUGGUUGAGGAGCUCCAAAGGCGAUUACCUCUAGCUAGUGCCGUUCCUGCAAAGGAUUAUCCCGGUGGACCAAAUGACGAAGUGGGUGAAGAAGAUGAAUCUCCAUUUGAAUUUCGUGCCCUUGAGGUUGCUUUGGAAGCCAUAUGUAGCUUCCUCGCUGCUCGUACAACCGAAUUGGAGACUGCUGCUUAUCCUGCCUUGGACGAGCUCACCUCGAAGAUAAGCAGUCGUAACUUGGAUAGGGUUCGUAAAUUGAAGAGUGCCAUGACAAGACUAACUGGAAGAGUCCAAAAGGUGAGAGAUGAGCUUGAGCAACUAUUGGAUGAUGACGAUGAUAUGGCCGAUCUAUAUUUGUCGAGAAAGUUGGCUGGUGCAUCCUCUCCUCUAAGUGGUUCAGGUGCACCCAAUUGGUAUCCUGCCUCCCCCACCAUAGGCUCAAAAAUUUCCCGAGCUAGUAGGGCCAGUUUAACUAUUCGGGGAGACGAAAAUGAUGUUGAGGAGCUUGAGAUGUUACUUGAGGCUUAUUUUAUGCAGAUAGAUGGCACAUUGAACAAAUUAACUACGCUCCGAGAGUAUAUCGAUGACACAGAGGAUUACAUUAAUAUCCAGCUCGACAAUCACCGUAAUCAGCUCAUUCAGCUUGAGCUCUUCCUUAGCUCGGGAACUGUAUGCCUAUCCAUAUAUUCUUUGGUGGCUGCAAUUUUCGGGAUGAACAUCCCUUACUCGUGGAAUGAGGACCAUCCUUACAUGUUUAAAUGGGUGGUCAUAGUCGCAGGAGCGUUUUGCGCGUUUUUAUUCCUGGUCAUUGUUUCUUAUGCUCGUCACAAGGGCCUUGUCGGGUCGUGAAUCUGAAGAUCAUUCGGGUCGGGCAAUCAAUUGUAGCUAAAGAUGCCCAUGUUCGAAGUUCUCAAAACUGGAUGCCAAUGUUCGAAGUUCUCAAAACUGGGGGGGGGGGGGGGGGGGGGGAAUUCUUCUUGCACAUUGUAGGGGAAUGUCAACUCAGAAAUCUAAGGGCGGCAUAUUGAUACAUGGUUCCCAAAGCAACUUAUGGAGACAACUGUGAAGAAUGAAUUACAGGGUGAUUGAUACAUUACAGGUUUUUCUUGUUCGGAUACACAUAAAUAUAUAUGCUAUUUAUGUGGUUCGGGUUACUCAUACCUGUCAUUAAAUCCUGAAAUUUGAGGUUUUAGGGGGGCACUGUUUCGUAGCUUGA